AUGUUGGGACCGUUCACGAUCUUUGCCAUGUUUCUCUAUGUCCUGUUGUGCUCCCUGGGCAUCAUGGCUAAUGGCUUCAUUGUUGUGGUACUGGGAAGGGAAUGGGUUCGAUGCCACCGGCUGUCUCCCUGUGACAUGAUCUUGAUCAGUUUGGGUGCCUCCCGCUUCUGCAUGCUGUGGGUUGGAAUGAUACACGACUUUUACUAUUUUCUUCAUCACCUACAAUAUUCCAAGGAGCCUGCCCGCCAGUACUUUAGAAUUUAUUGGGAUUUUCUGAAUUCGACCACAUUCUGGUUUUCUGCUUGGCUUAGCGUCCUCUUCUGUGUGAAGAUUGCAAACUUCACUCACCCCAUUUUCCUUUGGCUGAAGUGGAGAGUCAAGGAACUGGUACCCUGGUUCCUACUAGUCUCUCUGCUAAUCUCUUUCAUUGUCACCAUGCUGUAUUUUGUGGGGAACAAUGCUUUGUACCAGGCAUUCUUCCAGGGGACAUUCUCUGGGAACAUAACCUAUCAUAGUUUCACUAAGAAUCUAGAAAUCCACUAUUUUUUCCCUUUGAAACUCAUUACUUUGUCUAUCCCCUGUUCUAUCUUUCUAGUCUCAAUAGUUCUUCUGAUUACCUCUUUGCAGAGACACUCCUCUAAAAUGCAACAUGGUGCCCACAGUACUCAGGAUUUUAGUACUGAGGUUCACACCAGGGCUCUGAAGUCUCUGGUCUCCUUCCUAGUCCUUUAUGCCGUUUCUUUUCUUUCUUUGAUCAUUGAUGUUACUCUCUUGUCUGGACUUGAGGGUCCCUGGUACUGGCCAUGGCAAAUUUUGAUUUACCUGUCCACAUCGGUUCAUCCCUUCGUCCUGAUCCUUGGCAACUCCCACCUAGGAGGGGCACUCAGGAAGCUUCUUCUUCUGCCUAAAACCUUCUGGAAUGACAAGAGGAUGUCAUCUCCUAUCUAA